AUGCCAGAAGACAUCGGGAUGAAUCACGGUAGUAACAAUACCAAAUUUGGCCUUAUUAUUAAUGGACAGAGGACGCCUGUGCCGCGCUCAUUUCCUGUUCUUGACCCAAUCAGCCAGAGAGAAAUUCAUUUAGCUCCUUCUGCAGAUGAGAGCGAUGCCCUCGAAGCAGUCAAAGCCGCCGAAGUGGCCUUUGAGACAUGGCGGGACAGUACUCCGCUUGAGAGACGUACAAUCAUGCUCAAGGCCGCCGAUAUUAUCAGAAAGCGCAGUGACGAGAUCGCUGCGGCAAUGGUGCAGGAGACAGGCGCCAAAAAGAGCUGGGCAUCAUUCAAUAUCGAAACCUGCGUUCAGCUAAUCCACGAGGCUGCUGCGAUGGCAACGCAAAUUAAAGGCGAGCUUUUGCAAAGUAACAGCAGAGGAACUACUGCCAUGAUAUUCAAAGAGCCGUGCGGUGUGGUUCUAGGAAUCGCACCUUGGAAUGCUCCGAUUAUUCUAGGAACGCGAGCUUUCGUGAUCCCGAUUGUCUGUGGCAAUACAGCGGUGCUAAAAGCAUCUGAAGCCAGCCCAUACACGCAAUAUCUUAUAGUUGAUGCUUUUUUGGAAGCGGGGCUGCCUGACGGUGUCCUGAACUACAUAUGUUGUCCACGCAACGUGGCGCCAUCGGUCACGGAGACUAUGAUCGGCCACUCAGCUGUUCAACGCGUCAACUUCACUGGCUCAACAGCCGUUGGUCGAAUGAUUGCUACUGUGUGCGCAAGAUAUCUGAAACCUGCCAUUCUCGAACUCGGAGGCAAGGCACCGAUGGUGAUUUUGAAAGACGCAAAUCUGGAAGAAGCUGUACGAGCAGCCGCCUUUGGUGCAAUGCAACACCAAGGCCAAAUUUGCAUGUCUACUGAACGAAUCAUUGUGCACAAAUCGAUAUUUGCAAAGUUUGCAGAGCUUUUCGCUAUCAAGAUCAACUCAAUGCGUGCUGCUGACCCAUCCAAAGAUGGCACCGCGACCCUUGGCUCUCUGAUCAGCCCGACAGCCGGAACCCGUGUCGAGAAGUUGGUUAUAGAUGCACUCUCUAAGGGUGCCAAAGUGCGAGGCGGCAAACCCGGGUUUGAAGGUGCAGUCGUCCAACCCAUUGUGCUUGAGGGCGUAAGCAAAGGGAUGGACGUCUACUACCAGGAAUCUUUUGGGCCCAUGGUGUCACUUUUUGAGUUUGAAACAACCCAAGAGGCUGUUGAUCUUGCUAAUGACACAGAGUAUGGUCUCGUUUGUUCUGUCUUCAGCGAGAAUAUCUCCGAGGCUUUGGCAGUUGGCCGCAGGAUCCGCAGCGGAUCCUGCCACAUCAACGGAGCAACCGUUCAUGAUGAGCCUCAUCUCCCACUUGGAGGGCAAAAGGCUUCUGGCUAUGGCCGUUUUGGGGGCUCUGCAUGCAUCAAUGAAUUUACUGAGGAUCGAGUGGUAACAAUCAGUGCAAAGGGCGGCUUCUUUCCUAUCUAG